GCGCACAGCGCUUCUUCCUUUUCUCCCGUGCAGCGGAGUCAAUCCCCAGUCUUUGACUCCGGGCUCCUUCGUAAGGAGGCCAAAAGACUGCAAAAAUGGGUUUUGUUAAAGUGGUGAAGAAUAAGGCCUACUUCAAGAGAUACCAGGUCAAGUUCCGUAGGAGGAGAGAGGGGAAAACUGACUACUUUGCCCGCAAGCGCCUGGUCAUCCAAGAUAAGAACAAGUACAACACACCUAAGUACCGCAUGAUUGUCCGCCUCACCAACAGGGACAUCAUCUGCCAGAUUGCCUAUGCCAAGAUUGAGGGUGACAUGAUUGUGGUUGCCGCCUACUCCCACGAGCUGCCCAAAUACGGUAUCUCUGUGGGCUUGACGAACUACGCAGCGGCGUACUGCACUGGUCUGCUGAUGGCUCGCAGACUUCUGAACAAGUUUGGCCUGGACAAAGUGUACGAAGGACAGGUGGAGGUGACUGGCGAUGAGUUCAACGUGGAGAGUGUCGAUGGGCAGCCGGGUGCGUUCACCUGCUACCUGGAUGCCGGGCUGGCCAGGACCACCACAGGCAACAAGGUGUUUGGAGCCCUAAAAGGUGCCGUGGAUGGAGGCCUGAGCAUCCCUCACAGCACCAAGCGCUUCCCAGGAUACGACACAGAGAGCAAGGAGUUCAAUGCUGAGGUCCAUCGCAAACACAUCCUGGGCAUCAACGUGUCAGAGUACAUGAGCUACCUGAUGGAGGAGGACGAGGAGGCCUACAAGAAGCAGUUCUCCCGCUUCAUCAAGAACGGCGUGACUCCUGAUAUGAUUGAGGAAAUGUACAAAAAGGCUCAUGCUGCCAUUCGAGAGAACCCAGUCCAUGAAAAGAAACCUCCCAGAGAGGUCAAGAAGAAGAGGUGGAACCGUGCCAAGCUGUCUCUGGCCCAGAGGAAAGACCGCGUCGCCCAGAAGAAAGCCAGCUUCCUUCGGGCUCAGGAGAAGGAGGAAGCAGAGUGAGGCCUUGCUCUGCUCCGGUCUUUUGCAGAAAUUUUGUUCUAAUAAAUCUAUGGAAAACA